AUGAGCCCCCCGACACCGCAGGCAGCGCACGCAGCACCGCACCGAGUACCCAACGGAAGCACUGCGACCACGACCGUCGCCGACAGUGUGUCUUCGCGCCUCGCCAAGAGCCAGAGCGUCAUCGAGAACCUGCAGCGCAACCUGGUGACCAAGCUCAGCCCCACCACCAUCGAGUCGCUCAAGAGCAAGUACGCCGCCACGCCCGCACCGCUCGCCCGACCUGACCCCGGUCUUGACCUCGACCUUGGCCCAGAUCAUCCCUCCCCGUUUUUACCUGCGAAAAGCGGCGUCGAGGUGAAGCAGCAGGCCAAGAAGCAGCCCAACGGCAAGCCCGCUGCCGUCUUCGACGUGUCCAACGUCGAGGGCCAGAGCAGCGUCAAGCUCGCCUUCCUGAGCGGCCUCCCCGUCAAGGCGGCCCCGCGCGCCGUCCCCAGCGCCGUCCCCAGCUCGCCCAAGAAGGCCGUCGAGAGGAAGCCGCUGCACGGACCCUGGGCCCGGAAGGUCGUGGACAAGCCAGCGCCGUCGAACAAGCCACCCGUGCCCACCAAGAAGGACGUGCUCGUCGUCAAGCAGGAAGUCGUCGCCAAGAAGAAGUCCCCCGUCCGGUCACCCAGGAAAGACGCGCCGCAGGACGGCCUGUCCGAGCUGCUCAAGAACCUGGUGACGGGCACGACGAGGCGCAGCGACAGCGACACGGGGACAGCAGCCGACACCACGGCGUCGAAGCCCCGGCCGCCCAAACCGCAGCCCGCGCCGCGCACUACGAGUCUGCCUCCCUCGACCGACACGCCCCCGCCGUCCGGACGGCCGUCGCGGGAACUCGCCGCGUCCCCGGCAUCCCCGUCGCCGCGGCCGAGCAGCCUCAGCCCCACAAGACCGUCCCCGGCCACGUCGCCGGGGAGGACGCCGCCGGAGCGCUCCCAGCUGCUGGAGGAGCGGCUCAACGAGAUCCGGAAGGACCUCUGGGAAGAGGAACCGGACCCCGCCGCGUCGGCGCCGCCGCCAGGGCGACUGCGGCAUGACGGCGUCACUCCGACCUCGCCGCCGCCGCGAUCGGUGCAGGAGGCCACGCUAGAGCACUACGCGCGCGCCAUCCAGAGGCACCUCGACGGCCAGGGCGGCGUGCCGGCCGCGCCCCGCCUCAGCGAGCUCCACGUCGACACGUCCAGCUCGACGCACUCGUCCACGUCCACGCUCGUGUCCACGCCGUCGCAGCUGUCCCCCGGCUGGGCGUCCUCCGAGCCCCGGGCGCCGCGUGGACGCCGCCUCACCGACAGCGACGCGUCCCGGGCGACGUCCCCCCAGAAGAAACGGCUGCGCGACGAGCUCCUCGGCUUCUACUACCGCAGCCUGGAGCGCGAAGCCCGGCGGCCGCCCGCGCCAGGGAGGUCCGGACGCCUGUCCGCGCCGCCGCUGCAGCUGCCCGUGGUCAUCCCCACGGACCAGGCCACGCGCACGCCGGACCGCACGCUGCGCCAGGAGUUCAUCGUGGUGCGCGACAGCGACGCCACCUACCAGAACCUGCAGUCCCUGCGCCGGCCGCCGGGGUCCCCUCUGCUCGCGUCGGGCGAGGACAGCGACAGCACCACGCAGGACUACAGACCGCGGCCCCGCAGCAACAUGAACUUCUUCGUGCGCGGCGGGCCGCAGCGCAACACCAUCGGCUCCUACCCGACCAGGAAGACGCCGCCGCGCGACGAGGUGGACCUGCGUCGCGAGUUCGGCGACGUCGAGCUGCGCCACCCGGAGAGGCUGGCCCUGGCCGGCCUCAAGAAGCGCCACAACAGCGAGUCCGGGGCAGCCGAGGCCGACGUGCCCGUCAGGACUGGCAAGAACAGCAACGCGUGGGUCAGCCCCAAGGACGCCAAGGACGCCAAGAAGAGCGCCAAGGCCAACGGCGGCAAGAAGUCGCUGUUCCCCAUCUUCCGCAAGGGCAGCCUGCACCCCAGCCAGCCCGCCUCGCCCAGCACGCCGCCGCCCACCCUGCCCAAGAGGGUGAGCUUCUCGUCGGCCACCUCGCCGAUCAGUGACUCGGUGUUCCUGCCCAACUCGCCGUCGUACUACGCCAACGGCCACGGCAACGGGUAUGCGGAGCAGAUCUAUGCAAACCAGUACACUGUGUCGCCGGGCGAGGGCACCUACGUCAACUACACCAUGCCCACCCCUCCAGACCUGAACGGCAUCUCGCGGGCGGCCAGCUUGUCGCAGCAGCAGCCUGCGUCCCAGGGGGUGUACGGCACCACGCCACAGCCCACCUCUGGAGUGUACGGCUCCACCAAACAGACAUCAAAUGGAGUGUACGGAUCCACCAAGCAGACAUCUAAUGGAGUGUACGGCUCCACAAAGUUGACAUCGAACGGAGUCUACGGAUCCACCAAGCCGACUUCGAAUGGAGUAUACGGGUCCACCCAGCAGCCAAACUCCGGAGUCUACGGCGUGGCCUUGCAGUCGCCGACGGUAGUGUACGGCACUCGGCAGCAGCCCGGGCCUUCCCCGUCCAACCAGGGCAGCCAGGGCAAUCAGGCCUCGCCCGGGGCCGGGGCGUACAACCCUGCGCUGCCGUCGCCCACGAGUACUUACGGCUCCACGCAGCCGUCGCCGGCCUCGGAGUACGGCCCCACGGUGUUCGCCAACACGGCGUUCGGCAACGGGGUGUACGGCACCAGGCAGCAGGCCUCGCCCAGCCCGUUCGCGGCGCAGCAGAGGACGCCGACGUCGGACGCCGCGCUGUACGGCUCGGCGAGCAGCCCGUCGACGCCCUACGCCACCAGGCCGCCCAACGGCGCGUCCCCCGGCUCAGCGUACAGCCCGUCGCAGCCGCCGUCGGGACCAGGCUUUGGGUCCUCGCCGAACACAGCGCCACCCCGACCAUGA